UUUUAAAAUGAGCACACAAGAUUUAUCUAAAGAACGUGUUUGUCCAAUUUGUCUCCAUCAUUGGAACGAUCCAACUGUUUUGGAUAAUUGUAACCAUAUAUUUUGUUUUGAUUGUAUAAUUGAAUGGACUAGACUUAAACCUGUUUGUCCAUUGUGUAAGUGUUCUUUGGAAUUGUUAAAACAUCGUUUAUGGGUCAACGAUGCUGUUUUGCCAAAUUGGGAGUCUGAAGGGCAAAUCGAAAAUAUAAUGGAAUUGCGAAGUGAAUAUGAAUUGGAACGUUUAAUGGAAAAAUCUGCACGUCAACCAGAACAUGAGAGACAAGCAGUUAUUCAUUUGGUUAAACAUAUGCUUGGAGAGUUGUAUACUUUGCGAAAUAUGUCGAUUACUACUUAUGCGAGCAACUAA